UUGCCAAUCAAGCCGCUGUCCGAUUUCUUCUCCUCCCAUGGCGAUUUGGAGUUUCGAUUUGCCUAGUUUAACCGAUGGAGAUGUUUUUAAUAUUCCCGGAGAAACACCUAGGAUGAUAUCAGAGAUGUUACUUCCGGGCUUUGGAGACGAUACCGAUAUGGAAUCUGUGAACAAUUUGACCACAAGUGCGGAGGGUGUUUUAGCCGUAGCUUCUACCACUUAUUCCUUGAAAGUACUGGUCGACUUCUUGACAUCCCCCGAGGUGGAUAUACCUGUAAGAGCUAUGGACUUAGGAACUAUCACCCCAGUGGAGAUCAGGAAGGCCUUUAAAAUCAGUGAUGGGAAACGGCAGUUUUCCACUAUCUUGGCGUUUGGAGUGGACGUGACACAUGAGGCGUCUCGUCUGGCAGCACGAUUGAAAGUCAAAGUAAUCCGUGGCAGUGUGCUUGAAACCCUGUGCCAACAAUUCAAAGAGCAUAUCAGACGGCUGGGAGAGGAGACUGAAAUGGAUGAUGAAGCAAUCUUCCCAUGCGUCCUCCGCAUCUUACCCAACUGUGUGUUUAACAAGGACGACCCAGUUGUCCUCGGAGUUGUAGUUGUUCAUGGUUACAUUAAGGUCGGAUAUCCCAUUUGCAAUCUGCGAAGUGGUUGCCUGGAUAUAGGACGUAUUGCAUGGAUUGAAAAGGACCACCGAUCCGUCGACGUUGCUAGGUUAGGCGACCCGGUGAUGAUCAAGAUUGUUGCAUCAAACCCGGAAGAACGAGGACUUAGCUUUGGAAGCCAUUUUGACAUUAGUGAUGAUAUCCUUGUCAGUCACGUUUCUAGGAAAUCUAUUAAUGUGCUCAAAUCUCGUUACAGGGCCCUGGUAUCCAGGAGGGACGUGCUCGUCUUGUGUAAUCUCAAGUGCGUUUUCAGUAUCGAAUAAUCCAUGGGGUCAAGUUACCUGCUUUGUGCAAGUCUAUCUAUCUGAUGUUAUAAAUUACUAGGUCAGUU